AUACAAACUCUCUUCGUCAUUGUAAAUCAUAAAAAUAUCACAAACAUCUAUCUUUCUAAAGUCUCUCUCUUGAAAAUUCGAAGUCUCUUUGUCUUGUUUAUUAUAUUUACUUAAUCAUCAUGAAUUCGAUGUUCAGUGCCUUCGACGCCCUCUUCGUAGAGCUUAUGGGAAAAAACCUUAUGGUUUCUUCGUUUAAAGCUACCUCCGCCACCAACCCUAAACCUGCCGCACCACAAACGCCAAAGCCAACGCAGAAGAAGGAAAAAGCUAGAAGCAAUAAGAUGGGUUUUGUGCAGAAGACUCCGAGGUUUGCUCUGGAGCUUGACGGUCUACACUGCUUCGAGACAAUAGUCCGUUCUUGAUUUUGAAUCUUAUUUGAUACGUUCUUGUUGCUUGACCUGAAGAUCAGAAAACAAAAUUUAUGAGUUUACUUGUUAUUUUUAUUGGAUUCAUUCAUUAAACAUGUGAUUGUGGAUACGUUUUGCUAUAUCGAUUGAUUCGAUCGGAAUAUAUUAUAUAGACGUUUAUAAUCUA